UGGGUGACUGAGGCAUCUCAAGAGUCAAGAGCGUUUUAUUGUCAUGAGGAAUUGGAGUGGAAUUAGGCCAUUCGUAGCCACUCUCAGGCUGAAGAAGGGUCUCGACCCGAAACUUCAACCAUUUCAUCCCUCCAGAGAAGAGAUAAUGCCAGUCUCGCUGAGUAACUCCAACAUGUUGUGUAUAUCUACGAUUUAAACCAGCACCUGCUGUUCUUUCCUAUACAUUUUAUAUAUAUAUGGCUACUUUCUGUACGUGGUCUGGAUAUGGAGCCUGCCAGCAUUGGGAACCUGUGUAUUUUGUACCAAAGCUCCGAUUUCCUGGUGGUGAAUAAACACUGGGAUGUCCGCAUUGACAGUAAGAUGUGGUAUGAAAAGCUGACUGUCCAGUCUCAACUGAAGCACCAGUUUCCUGAGCUUGCAGACCCAAACACGUACUACGGGUUUAGAUUUUGUCAUCAGCUGGAUUUCUCAACAAGUGGGGCGCUGUGCAUUGCUCUUAAUAAGAUGGCAGCUGCCAAGGCCUAUCGGUGUUUCCGAGAUCGUCUGGUAACCAAGAUAUACCUGGCUUUGGUCAGAGGUCACGUCUCUUUGGGCAGAAUGGCCAUCAAUCAUGCAAUUGGCAAAAGUACAACAGUGGGAAUGACCCACAUGAUGUGUACUGUUGGAAUGCACGGUUGUCAAAAUCCCAAGCCAUGCCAGACUGAACUGACUGUUUUGGAAAGAGGUUUCUACAGUGGAGAUCCAGUUACAAAAGUACUCCUCCAACCUUUAACAGGUCGGACGCAUCAGCUGAGGGUUCAUUGCAGUUCCAUCGGGCAUCCUAUUGUGGGUGACUUCACCUACAGCUUGAAGACAGAUAACGACCCUUAUCGCAUGAUGCUUCAUGCCUAUCACCUGCAAAUCCCUGUGGAAGGAGAGCCGAUAGAAGUGACCACACCCGACCCCUUCAUGCACACGGUGGACAACAACUGGGAGAUGGGCUCGCAUGUCAAUAACCUGCACAAUAUCAUCGGGGAACUCAAAGAGAAAUACAUAACAGAACAAUUUGAGAGGAGCAGUACUCUUGAAGUUCAGGCUGACAAAAUACCAGUGAAAAAGCCUCGUGAAGAGACAAAAGAAGAAAGGGAAAAGUGUUUGCAGUGGUUAAAUGAGUGGGCGGUGAGCUAAUGUUUAUGACCUUUCGUGAAUGGGGAGUUGCCAUGAAGUUUUCAACAGUGGUUGUUGGCAAGAUGGAUAGAUGCCGCAGGACCACCACAUUAUUGGAAAUAACCAGAUUUGCUGUGUGCUGAUGUUGCUUUACUGGUGUUGACCAAAUUCACACCUUUUGUGUCAAGCAUUUAUUGAGUUAACAUACUUGGUGACAUCUUUGAGAGUUGUUCUUCCUCCAUGUUGUUCCAAAUACCCCUGCACCACAGAAAUGUACUGUUGAACAGACUAUAUACUUUAGUUUAGUUUCGCUCAAAGUGGAAACAGGUCCCUCAGCCCAACAAGUCCACACCGACCAGCGAUCCUCGCACAUUAACACUACCCUAUGCACACUAGGGACAAUUUAUAUUUUAUACCAAGCCAAUUAACCUACAGAAAAAAAUAUUUGGAGUGUGGGAGGAAACCGAAGAUCUUGGAGAAAAUUCAAGCAGGUCACGGGGAGAAAAUACAAACUCCGUACAGACAAGCACCCAUAGUCAGGAUCGAACCCGGGUCUCUGGCGCUGUAAGUCAGCGACUCAACUGUUGUGCUACCAUGCCUUCCUUAUGUCAUAUAUGUUAUUGACAUACCGCCGUUCUUAUAAUUAUUUUUAGAAAAAUAUAUACUCCUGAAGUGAAAAACUUAUUUUUGACUGAACCACCAGCAAAGUACAGAAAAAGUAAUUACAUUUGGAUAUUCAAUUUAUACACACAAUGUACGUGGACCAGUUUUCUCUUUAACCGGUGGGGGAGGGAUGGAGAGAGGGAAUGUCAGGGUUACUUGAAGUUAGAGAAAUCAAUAUUCAUACCACUGGGUUGUAAGAUGUUCUGGAUUACUAGCAAUGACUGUUGGUUUACGUGGUUUUCAGCUUUCUGCCAUGGUACAGCAGCUGUGAUGUGUAGGAUAGUGUUAGUGUGCAGGGAUCGUUGGUCGGCGUGGAAUCGGUAGGCCUAUUUCCGCAUUGUAUCUCUAAACUAAAUUAAUUAAUUUAUGAUUAUUAACUCCACUGGAAUUCCACCAUUGAUGCAUCUUCAACUCCGAUAUUAACAUUCUGAAAGGACUGUUCCCUCCAAGUCUCCCUGUACUCUAUUCCAUCUCCACUAACUGUUCCCUUUUGUGGUACUAACCCAUUCAACCAUGAGAGAUGCAAGACAUUGCUCUUUUAACUCCUUUGUGUAGGAAGGAACUGCAGAUGCUGGUUUACACCGAAUAUAGACACAAAAUGCUGGAAUAACAGCCGGACAGGCAGCAUCAGAAGGAAUGGGUGACUUUUCAGUCUGAAGAAGGUGGAGACCCUUCUUCAGACUGGAACGUCACCUAUUCCAUCUGAUGCUGCCUGUUCCACUGAGUUACUCCAGCUUUUUGUGUCUAUCUUUUAACUCCUUGUUGGGCAACACAGAAAGAAUGAUGUUGAUAUUUUGGACACAACUGUUCUAAACAAUAGGAAUCAUCAAAAAAAAACUUCAGUCGCCAGCCUAUCCACUGUGAUAGAGACAGAGAGAGAUCGAGAACGGAGAGAGUGGUGUCAGAAUGGUGGGCAUCGUGAAUUUGAGGGCUGAGGAAGGGUGCAACGUGAAACACACCCUCCAGAGAUGCUGCCAGACCUGCCGAGUUACUUUAGAACGAGCACUUUGAUUUGUUCUAAACGGUCAUGGCAUGAAAAGUAAAUCUGUGGAACUAAGGAGGGUGUGCCUUUUAUACCUGGCUAAAUAGUUGAUAAGGGAGGAGGGUACAGUGCCAUUUACAGAAAAUAAUAACAACACUAUAGCUUACAACACAACGUUCCCCUCCCCUUCCACCUAUAUUCCUCAUUCUGGCAUCAUCUUUCACGUCUCUUCUAUCCUUAUCUCACAUUUUUUGUUUUUCAUCUUUCACAUUUGUUGAAUUACCCCCCACCCGCCCACCUGUAUACAUCUAACUCAUCUAUCCACCUAUCACUUACCAGGAUUUUCCUGCCCCACCUCUAUUCCAGCUUACUUACCCCCUCCCCCACUACAAUCCGUGUGAAGAAGGGUCCCGACCUGAAACGUCGACUGUCCAUGUUCUCCAAAAAUGCUGACUUGAUCCAGCAUUUUGUGUCUUUUUCAACGGGUUGUUUAGGAGCAAUAGAGAAGCAGUUAAUGUUUGAGAUAAAUAACCUUUCUGCAGAAGAGCAUUCAUCCCGUGUUGCUCUCUCCACAAGUGGUGCUUCCCAACCUGCUGAGUAUUUUUGACAUUUUUUUUUUAAGGUUUCCAACUAUACUGCUAGGUUUUGGGGGGGAAAACAAACUCAGUAAUCAUAGAGUCAUACAGCGUGGAAGCAGGCCCUAUGGCCCAACUUGCCCACACCGAUCACCAUGCCCCAUCAACACAUUGUUCCCGAUGUUAGGGAAGUCCAGGACA